GUUUUCUGUGAGGGAUGUAAACAAAACAUUCUGACCCGACGAGUGAAAAAUCACGUUACGUCACUUCCGGGAUUCUGGAUCGAGUCAAAGACAGCUGGAAUGUUGUCAUCAAGGAACGCUAAAAGUGCUUGUUAAAGGAGCAGAAAACAACUGAGCAGUGGAAGCGGUUAAAUCAAAAGAAACAUUUCUUGAGGGAAGACUGUGCAAAAGACAGCAAUGGAGCCACCAGUGUGCGAGGAUGGUCGAACAUUCAUGGAGGUGAUCAAUGAAAAGUACAGUCCGGAGAACUUUCCGUGUCGUCGAGGGCUUGGCAUGGGGGUAGUGGUGGUGCCCACUGCAUGUCCCCAAGGUUCCCCCAUGAAAGACCGUCUGAACUUGCCCAGUGUGCUAGUGUUGAAUGGAUGUGGAAUCAGUAGGGCAGGAGACCAGAGUGAAAUUGCUGCCUUCUGUGCCCAUGUCAUGGAACUGGACCUGUCCCAUAACAAGCUGCAGGACUGGCAUGAGAUCAGUAAAAUUGUGUCAAACAUCCCCAAUCUGGAUUUCCUGAAUCUGAGCUCCAACCCGCUAGCAGGGAUGACCCUUGAGCUACAGUGUGCUGAAGCCUUUUCUCGGGUCCGACGUCUCGUCCUUAACAACACCCAAGUCUCCUGGGACACUGUGAUGAUGCUCACCCGUGAGAUACCUGAGCUUGAAGAAUUGUUCCUGUGCCUUAAUGAGUACAGUUGCGUGCGAGCCUCCAGUGUGGUCUGCACCAGCCUCCGCCUGCUUCACAUCACAGACAACAGCCUACACGACUGGGCCGAAGUCCGCAAGUUUGGAUCCAUGUUUCCUACCUUAGACACUCUGGUCAUGGCUAACAACAAUUUAACAUCAAUACACGACAGCAAGGAUAUCCUUCAACGACUUUUUGCCAAUCUUCGCAGCAUCAACCUCCACAACUCAGGUCUUAAUCAAUGGGAAGACAUUGAAAAGCUGAACUUCUUUCCUAAACUGGAGGAAGUGCGAUUACAAGGCAUUCCCCUACUGCAGACGUAUACCAAUGUGGAGCGGCGCAGCUUGAUGAUAGCACAGCUUCCCUCCAUAUCCCUCCUGAAUGGCAGUGUUGUAACUGAAAGUGAGAGAGAAGAUGCCGAGAGGUUUUUUAUCCGUUACUACUUGCACUGUCCUGAGGAAGAGCUCCCUCACAGAUAUCAUUAUCUGGUAAACAAGUAUGGGAAGUUGGAACCUCUGGCUGAGAUCGACCUCCGACCACGUUGCCAUGCUCAAGUUGAGGUUCACUGUGAAGAAAAAGUGGAACAGCUAAACAUCCGUUUAGACCAGACAGUGGCUGAGCUGAAGAAGCAGCUGACAUCAGUGGUGCAGCUCUCCACCAACAGCAUGAGGCUUUAUUAUAUCGACAAGAACAGCGCUUUUGGCCCAGACGAACUCAAGUACAACACGCGAGCACUUCACUCCUACAAUAUUCAAGAUGGUGAUGAGAUUCUUGUUGUGCCCAAGACAAAGUGAACCGCUGGGUGGCAGCUGGUUGUUUUCUUUACCUUAGUUUGGGUUGAAUAUUGACUUUGGUAAAGAUGACGAAAUGUAUAUCUCAUAGCUCCAGAGUCUGCGUGAUAAAAUGAAGAGUCAAACGAAGAUGAGCUUCAUCUCGAUAUCUCAGCAAUGGACUGCAGUGGGUUGCUGGGUUGCCACUGGUCUUUUAUUGUAUUUAUCUUUAGUUUACGGCAUCCACUGAGAUGCAGGAAGUGAAGGAUGGAUCAGGAGAAAAAACAUGCAGGCAGCUCUGAGCGUCCAAUGGGAUGGUGCUGCUGCACCGUUAUCUCUGUACCACAACUGUGUCGACAAGUGAGCAACAACACUUGCUUGGCCAAUUGGAGCAAAAGCUACAUCAGACCAUCAAGAGGCAGUGCUGCUGAGUGGAACCAGUAAGCAUUGAGAAUGCCAUCAUUUCCAAUCAUUUCACAGUUGUCACUUAAAACACCAUCCCAUAGACAUGAUCUAGAUUAAUUUUGCUCUUUAGAGGUGGGUCUAUUUCAUGCAGCUGGCACAAACUCGUGUUGUAUCAGACUCCAAAAAUACUCUACCUAUUUGAACCCAUAAUUGUUUUAAGAAUGCGGGAAAAAUAUAUACAAGAAUUCAAAUGGAUGGAUCCUAUUUUAUGUAGUACAUUUCCUUGGCACUGCCUUAAAAAAGUAUUCAUACCCCUUGAGCUUUUUCAAAUUUUGUGACCUUACAAUCAUAAAUUUGAGUAUAUCUUGUACAGAUUGUAUGUGAUGGACCAUCACAAAAAAGCACAUAAUUGUGAGCUGGAACAAACAUGCUUUCAGAUUUUCAACAUCUCAACAGUGUAUAAAAGAGUGGUGUCCAUUUGUAUUCUGCCCCUUAUACAUCGAUAACCCUAAAUACAAACCAGUACAAUCAAUUCAGCGCAGAAGUCACCUAAUUAGUAAAGAUAGUCCACCCAUGUAUAAUUUACUCUCAGUAUUAUUAAAUAUAAAAUACAAUAAUACAAGAUAAAAUCUUCUGUGAAGGCAUCAGUUUUUUUUUUUUUUUAUAGAAAAUUAGUGAGCACCACCAUCAAAAAUAUCACAAGCCUUGAACAUCUCAGUCUCAAUUCAUCAUCCAAAAAUUGAAAAAGUUUGCAGUUUGCCACAAGCCAUGUCGGGGACACUAUAAGAAGGUGCUCUUGUCAGCUGAGACAAUAAUUGUUUUCUUUUCCCCUAAAUGCAAAAGGCUGUGUCAGAAAAGUAACGCUGCUCACACCAUCCCUGCUGUGAAACAUUGUAGGGGUAAUAUAAUGCUGUGGGGAUGCUUUUCUUCAACAGAGACUGGUAACCUGGUCAGAGUUAAUGGGAAGAGGGAACUAAAUACAGUUUGACAGUCCUGUAAAAAAAUGAAUAAAUACAGUUUGAAGCUGCAAAAGAAUUGAGACUGGGAAGGCAAUUCAACUUCCAACAAGACAGCAUACGUAAUAAAGCCAUAGAUACAAUAUAAUGGUGUUGAUCAGAGAAAAUUCAUGUUAGAUUGGCCCAGUCAUAGUCUAGACCUGAAUCCCUUUGAGCGUCUGUGGUAAAAUUCGAACAUUGCUGUUCAGAUACUCUACAGCCAAUGUAGCUAUUUUUCAAAGAAUAGGAAAAAUUUUCAUUGUCUAGCUUUGCAAAACUAGAAGUACACCAAGACCGUUGCAACUUAAUAGUAUUGAAAGCUGGCUCUCCAAAGUAUUGACGCGGGAUACAAAUGCACAACACAUUAUUUUCAGAUUUGUUGCUUAUCAUACCAAACUGUAUAAUUUUCAUUCCAGAUUCUUUUGUUUUGGUCUAGCACAUAAAAUCUCAAUUAAAAAAAAACUUUUAAGGUAGCAAAAUGUAAAAAAUUUCCAGAGGUAUGAAUACUUUCUCAACGCACUGUAGUGCAUGAAUUAUCCACAAUGAUCUUUAAUAAGCUAAAAAAUUGUCAUCACCUUAUUUUCUGAAAAAUCAAUCUAUAUGCAAAUAUUAAAAAUGAAAUGUUUAAGCAUUUAGUAAUGACACUAAAUGUUAUUUUGUUUGUGCACUAAAGGCUUCGUAGAUCACUAUCUUUUACAUUAUUCUGUAAAGUUUCAUAUGCUUUUGAGCCACUCUUGGCAUUUGUUGAUGAAACAAAAACUGCAAAGGGACUCUGGAAGAUGUACAAAAGUGUUUGUAAAGAGUACACCUUUUAAUGACUCGAAAGCGUGGACAGCCCCUGACCCCUGCUGUAUAACAUCAUGCUUGACCCAUAGAGGUCUGAUCUCACUUUUGUUUUUGUUUUUUGCGAUAGAUAUGGGAGGAUAUUUGUCAAAACAUUUUCACCAAGCCACCAUUAUGUGCUGCCUUCUACCGGCUUUGUCUCAAAACACUUUAGAUGAGAUACAUGGGCAGAGAAUAUUUUUUGCUCAUUGUACCUUCAAUCUACUUGUAGCCAUGAGCGACACAACACCUCAUUUAUCUGGUUUACUUUUCUGAUGAGUAGCACCGAGCAUGCUUAGUUUUUCAGGAUUCUUUAAAAAGAACUCUCCACCAAACAUAUGGAAACGUGAGGCCAGUUCCUUUAUUUUUAAAACCAAAACAUUUCAGAGAAGAGAUGACCAGUUGCUAAGCUUUUAUCCAUGAGUACUCAUACACAAUUUAGAUAUAUAUUUUUGAAACUAAUUUGACAAUAGACUUGACCAGUCUAAAAUCUUCCAUUUCUUGCUCUCGUAGGUGUUUUGAGUCACGCUCAAGAUGAAGGAUCUCCCAGUCGGUUUGAUUGCACCUUAAGUUAAAUUAGCAGACAAACUUUUUCUGAGUUGGUUUUCCUACCUGCUAGUCAUCAAUGGAGAAUUAUCAAAAAAGUCUGUCAAGCUAAAGACAUCAUGACGUUUGCCUUCCUUUGUUUCAUAGGUGUGCUCAUAAGUUAAGGAUCAUGAACAGAAUCUUUCAGUCUUCCAAUUUCCCAUCAGUUAUAUAAAGGUUAGUUUUCUUUCUCGCUCUGAACAUUCCAAAUGGUUCUCCUGGCUUUGUGCAAUUGCUCUGAUUGAUUUGCCAACUUUCGUCACUUUUACAAGUGCUUCCUUUUACCCAUAGAUAGCGAGGCAACUUUGUGUCCGUGUCAAAAUGUAUUCCUCACAAGCAAAACCCAAAUCUACUUUUUUGGUUUUUAUUUGCACAUUCAGCAUAGUAGGACACCCCUGGACAGCAAAACACCGGUCAGUCAUAUUUCCCAUACCUUUUGUUAACAUUAAAAAUGGGCAGGUUCAGACAAAAGAUGCUGUCUUCUAAAUUGUUGAGCCGAUCCAGAUUUACCAGGGGUGGCAAAAGUACACACAUUCUCUAAGUACUGAUACUUGCAUUAAAAGGAAGUAGGGGUACUCAUUCAACUUCUUGGGAAAAACAGGAAAUCAGAGAUGCACUGAAUUUGCGAUAGGUGAUCCGCCAAGUAGAGAGGGAUUAUGUCUACAUGAAAGUAAAAAUUCUACCAUGCAAAGCAAGAGUCACAACACCCAAAAAUGCCCCAGGCUUCUGUGGGCCCAACCUCAACUGAGAUGGUCUGAUUCAAAGGGGAAAGUGCUGUGGUAGAGUGCACAUUUCAGUUCGUUUUUGGAAAUAAUCGGCGACAUCUCCUUUGGGCCAAAGGGGAAAAGGACAUCUGGAUUGUUAUCAGCACAAAGUUCUAAAGCCAGGAUUUCUGCAAAUACCUUAAAAAUCUACUUAAAUACGGUAACAAAGGUAUAUAUUUUGCUACUUUCCUUCACUGAAAUGUAUUUUUCAUAGUUGUAUUACUCUUUUUAUGUUCACUCCAACUAUAUUCAGACUAGGAAUAAUUAAGGAAUUGGCCUUAGUGUAUCCAUACUUUUGGAGGUGGGCUGAGUGUAACUCAGCCAUGUAUGUCUGCAUCUUUAAAUCAUUUUUUACUGUACGUGUUCUUAUUUAAUGUUCCAUCUGCCUGAUUGUUUUUUUUUUCACUAUUUUUUGUUCAGUAUUCUGGAAUAUUCACUUUUCUAUUUAUUUGAAUGAACACAAACUCUAAAUGGAUCUUUCCAAUGGCGAUCUUGAGCUCCGCCGCCUUGGCCAUGUCCCACAAACUUUUAAAAUGGCGAUUGGACAUUCUCUAUCGCAUAUUCCAGAUAAAAUUGGGGUAUUUUUUUGCCAAAUACAUCAGACUUGUCGAAGAGAGUUCUACAGAGAGGUCUCAACUAUUUCACGGAAGGAUAUGUACACGGAAAUAAGAUUUUGGACAGAGCAGGACGCAAUGUCAGAGUUACAGCAAAAUGUUGGCGAUCGAUGCAAAAAAAGUUUGACACCUCACAAACUUCAUAUUGAUCUCCCACAGGAUAAAAUGGUGGAAUCGUACUGCGCAUGUAAAGUAGGGUGAGUACUUUUUACUUGAACAGAUCACGAGUAAUAUCAUUGUAGUCUUCAUAAGUGAGUGGGGGUAUUCAUUUGACUUGGCUUGCAAUCGAACCUAAUGCUCUGUCUUAAAAGUCCAACGUGAUACAAAUAGGCAAAUAGACAUUUCUCUUGCAUGACAUUGCGCAUUUACAUAUCACUAACCCGACACUUCGGCAUAAAACGUAACACUUCAUUCAGCAGGUCAGUGAUACGCUAACAAAAUGAAAGUUGUUCUCAUGCAAUGUAUAAAGCACUGAUAUUAAUUCAAUCAAACUCAGAGAAGAUACUUCUCCCUCACUUACCUUCGAACAUACACACUUGUGUUUGUUAAUACUGUCCACAUUUAGUUGUAUAUGCGGUCUUCCGCAAGCCUUAAUCCAUCGUAGACAUUUCGUCAACUGUGUUUUAGGCUUUGGAAAAUGAAUCAACCGGACCCCUUGGCACCUCGCAGGAUAUAUUUCAUCAGAAUUGCACUUUUGCAUUUUCUUCGUAACAUUAAUUUUUCCAUGCGCACGCUACUGACAACCAGCAUUGCUUGCGGGACAAUACGGCGAGAGGGGCGAGUUAAGCCAGGGGUUGAGACAAUGCGGCUAUCUGAUUGGCUAUUAUUGUACGCGUGAUUGACAGGUCGGUAAGGUCUAUUGCCUGUGAGUAUGGAUGUGAGGGCAAAUACUUAUGUGCCCUGCAAUUGGCUAGCAACCACCUCAGGGUGUAACCCACCCCUCGCCCAAAGAUAGCUGGGAUAGGCUCCAGCACACCUGCAACCCUAGUGAGGAUAAGCAGUACAGAAACUGUAUUGAUGGAUGAAUAGACUAAUUAGAAACUAACAGGAAGUCAUGACCAUAUAAAAAACAUGCUGAAUUCAAAUCUCCAAAUCAAAACUCUUAGUUGCAUUGUGGAAACAUUUGUUUGGGGUUUUGUUUUAAUGUCCCACUUUUUCUUUUAUAUACAGUAUAUUUUCUUUGGGGGGGAUAGCAUAUUAUACCCCAAUCAUCCUUGCUUUAUUCAAUAACUUAUGAAACUUAUACAGUAUUAUCACACCACUGCUGUACUUGAAUAUCAGGAAAUGUAAUUAAGUAGAAAGAUAUAGCACUUGCUUUGUGCACAGUGAGCUGUGUGGUAAUCAAUGAGAGGUUAAUCUGGAGUGCAAAAAUAUUUGAUGGGUGGAUGUGUUUUACAUCAGGCAUGUUUAUUGGUUUGCAAGGUACGUCUGUGUGCUGUAUCAGAUGAAUAAACUUGACCAAAGGUUUUGUAUUACCUUUUGUGUUUUCUCCUGUAACCAUGCACAGGAUGAACCCUGGAAUGUUUGAAUGAAACAUUAAAGAUUCUCGACCAUAUAAAGGGACAAGUGAAGCCUUUAACACAAAAAGGACAAGUGCUGUAUUUAUUUCCCUGUAUACUGUAAAAAUGUAUUUCCCUGUAGAUGGUUACUAUUCAAUCAAAAUCCUUGACAGGACUGGUUUGAGAAAGCAAUAAAAGAACUUGUCUAGUACAUCAAAUUACAAUGCCACUUCUAAAAUAAAUAUAUAAAAACUUUA